AUGAGCCAGCUCGCCCGAACCACACAGGGCACUGUCCCAAUUACUCCGCGAACGCCCAGCUCCGCACCCGCGACGCCGUCUGCUCAAAGGGAACAAGAGUCUACACCAGGCAGGUGGAAGCACCCCCAAUUUGACGAGAUUGCCCGCCGCCAGUAUGCGACCACCUUCGACGAGCGCAAUGUGAAGAUGAUUGUGACAAACGGCUCGUUUCUCGUCGCCACCUUCGUCGCCCCUUCGGUCAUCUCGCAGAUAUCUCUGCUGCGAACAGUCUCUAAACCUGUCUUAGGCCUUCUGCACCAGCUACCCUAUCAGGGAGACGAGUGGACACUCUUUCUCUUCCGUCUCAUCUUCCUCGUCAAUCUCAUCCGAGCCUUCAUACCUCUCGCGCGCCGCUAUUUCCCCGACGACAUCGCUGAUAUCCCUCUUACACCCUCACAACGACAGGCUAUGGGCCUGAAACCAGGUGUCUCCGUGCCACAGUCGCCAGGCUCCGGAUAUGCCUCACCGAACUAUGUGACGCCUCCCCGCUACCAAAAGUCAACUCCUCGAAGUAGCUUCAGCGCCCAGGGUACGCAGUCUCCGCUAUCAGGCAGCCCGCGUGCAAGUUUGGGAAAGUCAACGUCGAACUCCCCCUUUUCUCCUAGCACAGGAAGCCCUCUGUUCCAGAAAGCAGUAAACGGUGGAUCUGCUACAAAGAGGAUGAGCUUCGGAGGAUCAAGCAGCAGCCUCUUUGGGGAUAGCAGCUCGAGUGCAGCGCCUAGCACGCCGACACCCAGCACAGGAAAGGCGAGUGUGGGUUUGAAUAACAAGUGGCUGUACGAGAAACGCAGGGACAGCCCGAGGAGCAACCUAUUCACUUGA